CGCACAGCUUGCUCUGCCCUCUGCCUCCUCCUCUCCGCCCACUCUCGCCGCGGUCUCCUGGCGGCGGCGGCUUUGUCUCGUGGGCUGGUCCCUGGCGGCUCCCUCCCCCGAACAGCUGCCGCCGGAGGGAGGAAGCCGCGGCGCGGGAGCUGCCAGAACCCCGGUGCUGAAAACCCUGAGCACUCGUCAUCCACCACCACCAUGUAAGGGCCAUGAAAAGGGCUCGUCCUGGCGCAGCGUGGUCAUGGAGGAGGACUUAUUCCAGCUGAGGCAGCUGCCGGUGGUGAAAUUCCGUCGCACGGGCGAGAGUGCAAGGUCAGAGGACGACGCAGCUUCGGGAGAGCAUGAGGUCCAGAUUGAAGGGGUCCGCGCAGGCCUAGAGGCCGUCGAGCUAGACGAUGGGGCAGCCGUGCCCAAGGAGUUUGCCAAUCCCACCGACGAUACUUUCAUGGUGGAAGACGCGGUGGAAGCUAUCGGAUUUGGAAAAUUUCAAUGGAAGCUGUCUGUCCUCACGGGCUUGGCGUGGAUGGCAGAUGCCAUGGAAAUGAUGAUUCUGAGUAUCCUUGCGCCACAGCUGCACUGCGAGUGGCGUCUCCCCAGCUGGCAGGUUGCGUUGCUAACCUCGGUGGUCUUUGUUGGCAUGAUGUCCAGUUCCACCCUCUGGGGAAACAUCUCAGACCAGUACGGCAGGAAAACAGGGCUGAAGAUCAGCGUUCUCUGGACUCUGUACUAUGGCAUCCUCAGUGCUUUCGCACCCGUGUACAGCUGGAUCCUAGUGCUCCGGGGCCUGGUGGGCUUCGGGAUCGGAGGGGUCCCCCAGUCGGUGACGCUGUACGCUGAGUUCCUUCCCAUGAAAGCCAGAGCUAAGUGUAUUUUGCUGAUUGAGGUGUUCUGGGCCAUCGGGACGGUGUUCGAGGUUAUCCUGGCUGUGUUUGUGAUGCCCAGCCUGGGCUGGCGUUGCCUGCUCAUCCUCUCCGCCGUCCCGCUGCUCCUCUUUGCUGUCCUGUGUUUUUGGCUGCCAGAGAGUGCAAGGUAUGAUGUGCUGUCCGGGAACCAGGAAAAGGCCAUCGCCACCUUAAAGAGGAUAGCAACGGAAAAUGGAGCCCCCAUGCCACUGGGGAAACUCAUCAUCUCCAGACAGGAAGACCGAGGCAAAAUGAGGGACCUUUUCACGCCCCACUUUAAAUGGACAACCUUGUUGCUGUGGUUUAUAUGGUUUUCCAAUGCAUUUUCUUACUAUGGAUUAGUUCUGCUCACCACAGAGCUCUUCCAGGCAGGAGACGUCUGCAGCAUCUCCAGCUGGAAGAAGGCGGUAGAGGCAAAAUGCAGCCUGGCCUGUGAGUACCUGAGUGAGGAGGAUUACAUGGACCUGCUGUGGACCACCCUCUCUGAAUUCCCAGGUGUCCUUGUGACUCUAUGGAUCAUUGACCGCCUGGGCCGCAAGAAGACCAUGGCUCUGUGCUUCACCAUCUUCUCCUUCUGCAGCCUCCUGCUGUUUAUCUGUGUUGGAAGAAAUAUGCUCACUCUGUUACUCUUCAUUGCAAGAGCGUUUAUUUCUGGAGGCUUCCAAGCGGCCUAUGUUUACACACCUGAGGUCUACCCUACGGCGACACGAGCCCUGGGCCUGGGCACCUGCAGCGGCAUGGCAAGAGUGGGUGCUCUCAUCACUCCGUUCAUUGCUCAGGUGAUGCUGGAAUCCUCUGUGUACCUGACGCUGGCGGUGUAUAGUGGCUGUUGUCUCCUGGCUGCCGUGGCCUCCUGCUUUUUGCCCAUCGAGACUAAAGGCCGCGGACUGCAAGAGUCCAGCCAUCGGGAGUGGGGCCAGGAGAUGGUCGGCCGAGGGACGCACGUGACAGGCGUGACCAGGUCGAACUCUGGCUCUCAGGAGUAGUGACCAAUAGGGGACUGAGCUGGUCUUUGAGGCUGUCGAGCAUGGGGAGCUGGUGGAGCCCAGCUGGGGCACUGACCAUCACUGCCGCCACCAAGAACUCCUCUAAGAGUCCAGCCUGGAACCUGGUUGCUCAUAUUCAUUGAGACCCACCCGGGGAUGGAGAGAUGUUUGCUCUGGGGGUUCUCUGUAUGUGGAAGGGGAGGUUUGUUAAUAACCUGUGGAUCUGCAUGGGAAAACUGCCACAGUAGGAGUGCCUGGUGACGCCAGUAGCCAACCAGACGCCAUCCAGAAUCAGCUGGUCACACCCUUGGUGAACAAAAACCAAAAGAUCUCUGUAGAUACAGUCCAGGCCCAAACCCCAGUGAACCCUGCCACCCAGUGUGUCGACACCUGCCACCCACCCGUAGGUUUCUCCUCUACCCUCAGCCCCCCUUUCUUCUUUGAAAUCAGAGGUGACCCAGGUGUGACCUGAGCAGCUUUUUCUUGGAUCCAAGAAACGUUCCCUCCGAUGAGGCCCCUCGGUUUGCCUCCCCAGGCAGGGCCUGACUAGUGGAGGCUCUGGCAGAUGGACAUGCAUUUGAACUUGAGCCAUGUACCCCACCUGGCUCCCUUUGGAGUUGCUGUCCCUGGUUCUUAGGGGAUCCAAAUGUGUCCAUGGGGACAGCUGGGCUUGCACCAGAUGACAACCUCAGAAAGCUGUUACCCCGGGGCGUUAGAGACUGAGGCCGAAGGGGGUGAGAAUCAAGCCGAAAGCCAAAACAGGGGCCUCCUCUUUGGCAGCAGUGAAGGCCACAUUGGGGCUUCUUUUCUGGUCCCCUCCUCAGUCAGGCGGAUUGAUGACUCUUGGGGAAACAAAACAGUUAACUCAGGUCUCAGUGCUUUUUAUUUUGAGCAUGGGUGGAUAGCUAAAUGGACAGAGAAAAGUAAAGGAUGCUACACCAGCCAUCUGUCCCCAUUGGGGUCAGGGGACCAGGAACCCUUCCCUCUUGGUUCUUCUGCCACCCUUGCUGUCUAGGGCUGGCUUGAUCUUUACAUGGCUUGGGGUUCCAGCGGUGGAAACCAUGGUGGGGAGGCCAUGGGGUGGGGAGAACCAGGACGACCCAGGCGUCUGAAAUGUGUACAUUUUCAAAGGAAGAGAAGGGAGGUCAGUAGGGUUUGAGGUUGGCCUUGGAAGGAAGGCCUGGCACCGUGUCUCUGCAGACAACACCUGCCUCCAGGAUUUGGUUUACACGAGCCUUUUCCCCAUCAUGAAGGCAGGGAACCUAGAGAUGCAGGGAAAAAGCGGCCGGAUCCCAUCAAAGGCCAGAGAAAACUGACCCUCUGCUUGGACAUACCUGCUUGAAGUCAACAUUACAAGGAAGCCAAAUGUGUACGUUCAUCUCUUAUUAAAACAUGUUGGUGAUGGACA